AUAAAAGAUGCGUUCGAUUGUGUUUUUGGUAUCAGUGUUCGUACAGCUCUUCUAUCAACAAAACAUCCAACCAAUCCACUCAAAAUGAAGUUCUUCAUUGCAAUCAUGGCUGUGGCGUUCGUCGCUGCCUCGGAGGCGUCCUACCUGCCAUACGAUGAUGUCCUGUCAUACCAGCACGGCUACGGGUAUGGACUUCCGGUGUCGAAGGUGGUCUAUGGCUCGUCGUAUGGUCUCCCAGCAGUGGUGGACAAGUACUCCUACCCAUCAUCGUUGUACGGUUCCUAUCCGGCCGUGAAGAAAGUGGUCGAAUACCCGUCGGUUGCUCCAGUGCUGGCCACCAAGGUCGUUGAUAACAGCUACGAUCUGGGAUACAACAAGCUGGUCGCUCCAGUCCUGAGCAGCGGAUACGGUCUGGGAUACAACAAGCUGGUCAGCGGAUACGGUCUGGGAUACAACAAGCUGGUCGCUCCCGUCGUCGCCACCAAAGUCGUCGAUAAUGGACUGUGGAACUAUGGAGGAUACGGUCUGGGAUACAACAAGUAUCUGCCGUCUACCAAGUAUGUUCUCUAAGCUUGCCGACACCGACAUAAUCAACCUUCACAAUCGAACUACCGGAAACUCUAAACCCGUUCUGGGGCUACAUUUAUUUCGCCAUGAAAAUAAAAUGCUUUUACGUGUUAUGCUAC